GAUAGCCAAUCGGUUUACAGUUCGUCCGUAAGAGCGUGAGGUUGAUUCUGUGUGCAAGAGCCCUUCUGUAUUUUAUAUGUCUACGGUGUAGACCGACAAAAAUUAUGAAAUAAAAACAAUGUGUGAAGUGAUAUAUAAAUUAACAGUGUUAUAAAUUAUUGUUUAUUAUUGUUUAAAAACUGAUUUUUAUAAUUUUUUCAAGCGAGAAAUCUCUAAACAAUGGCUGCUUCUACUGAUGUUGCUACAAUCAGAGCUCAGAAAUAUUUAAAUGAACCAUUGAUAGAACGAUGCAAAAAUCUAGCUAUGUUGAUAGAUGAGUCGAGUACCACUGAACUGCAGCUUGUCUUUCCUCUAUUGAUAGACUCCUUAUUUGGAAUAGUAGAUAAUAUUGGAUGGAAUUUGCACAGUAUUACACUGAAGAAGAAUCCACAUGAAUAUGAAGCACUGUGCAACUUUCUUAGCCCACAAGGACCAAUGUUUUCUUUAUGUUACAAAUUGCUUCCAGACUGUUAUUUAAAGUACAAUUUUCCAAUAUCAUAUCUUCCAUCAAAAAUACGCUCCAUGUUGGAAGAAGCGGUAAUAUCGCCAUUUUAUCUCGAUAAAAUUAGAGAUGAUCAAGGAACACGUGUUCCUUCAGCUUUAUUUAUGAAUCCCUUUGAAUAUUAUAUUUUUCAUUUUGCAUAUCAUCUAACCAAUCCCUGGUUGCAACUGCAACAGCCAGAAAAUAUAUGGAUGAAUUGGGAAACAGUUUAUGUUCAAUUAGCACAUAAUUAUUUGUAUCAUUUCCUUCCAAAAGAUAAUUCUACUGUUUUACCAAUGAUUGGACCAUAUAUCAAAAAAACUCCACCAAGAAAAUUAACUCAGUCACCAGAAUUCAGAAGAGAUUGUCAUAAAUUGCAAACUCCAAGACUUCUGAGAGCGUCCAUAUUAUCACCAGGAACGACAAGCUCUGGAUCAGGUGUACCGCAACAACAGUACCUACCGCUAGUAUGGAGAAGCGAGACUGUAGUGCAAGUUUUUCUUGAUUUUUGGUUAGAAUAUACAGAGGACGAGCAAUUGACUUCUCGUGUGAAUACGACUCAGUUGAAUACAUCUUAUUUAACUUCAAUACCGCGGCGACAUAGCAUACAUUCUGGUGAACAUGUACGCCUUGUAAGAGCGUUUAUAAAAACGCUGCAUGAAUUCACGAAUAGUGCAACAGGUGACAAGAGUGCUAUGGAUGAAUUGAAGAGAAUAAUUCUUCCUUCAGUUCAAGGAAAAAUAUAUACAUUUCUACGAAAAGCAAUAUAUCAUUGGCCAUUGGACAGUUCAUUUAGAUUAAUACUGGAAGCUUGGUUGAGUUUUAUUCAACCAUGGAGAUAUGUUCCUGAAAUAUCGUAUACUAAAGAAGGUAAAGCAGAGGAAGAAGAAAGAGGUAAAAUUCAUGACACUGGAAGAUGGAUUUCUUUUGUUGCCAAUAAUUUAUUAGCGUAUACGGCUGUAUUUCAACAGUUGCUUCCAAGAUUUAUGAGAACUGAUCUAGUAGCACCUAAAAAUGCACUAAUGUUAUUCAGAGUUACAAAGGUAUUUUCGCAACCACAUUUAGCAAAAAUGAUAUGUGAAGUAGAAAGUUGCAUGGAUGAAGGCCUAAGUAAAAGCCGAUUAACUACCAAUCAAUGGACAUCGAUUGUUAGGCAACAGAUUCUCGAGCUGGAAGGUCCAACGUAUCAAUAUGUACCUAUGUUUUCGUCAGCUAUCACUUUACAGGUUGUAUGGUUUUUAAGUACCAUUAAGCAAGCGCAUUUAACGGCGACUAGUUUGGUUGAAGCUUUGGAAAACAGAAGAAGAGGAAAGCGUUUUUUGCUGUCUUUAUUGGAAUUUAUUAAUGGCGAGGAUUAUUCUUCAGAUGACAUUAGCAUAGAAGAACGACGACGCGUCCCUCUACUCUUGGCUACCGCUCAGCAGCAGCUGAUAGAUAUAUUUCAAAUCAAACUCGAAGACAUUCCACAAGUUGCUAUAGUGGCAGAUCAAGAAUAUCACGAUAGUAUUCUAUCAACUUCUUUUUGUCAUCAAUCGCAGACGGAGUCUAGCCUUGACUCAAGUAGACCGGGUACUUUCGUACCGCUGCAAGAAGAUAGACAAACGUGCCGAUAUAUCGAGUAUAUGGGUGAUCCAGAGCUACAACCGAUUCGAUCGAACGAAUGUGCUUUUUUAGUUAGAAAUUUCUACAAAUUAUGCUGCUACAUCAAUCUUAAGUAUCGUCGUGAGAUCAUUGCACUGUACAAUAGACGGAGCUUCUUUGGUAGUAUUUUUCGGCAAUUGAUCGCACCACCUGUCACGGUCAUGAAAUUACCAAAACGUACGCCUAACGGAUUUAUCCAUGGUUGCGAGGAACGACUGCCACCUCGACUAAGUUUACGAUCCUUAGCUAAUUACACAUUUCUCGUCAGUGUGUUAUGCGGGAUAUUUCUCGUGUGGCUUAUCGAUUAUAGUCCUUUCAAGUUCCUGGGAUUUGCACUUUGGGUGUGGAUUAUGUACGUAAUCAUACGUGGCACGUUGCAUCAUUGUUUUCCAUCUGAUGCAAGUUCUUUCAGACCAAAUGCAACUGCGUUUUCCAUUAGCCGAUAAUAUUUUAAAUUUUUUAAAUGACCAAUAAGAUACAAUUCUGUGUAAGUUGUUUUAGAUGAUAUAUUUACGAAUAUGUAUAAUAAUUUUUGAUAUAUAACUUU